CUCUCUCUCUCUCGCUCUCUCUCUCUCCCAAAACCCUGCAAAAUGUUCACCGAAGGCCUCGACGAAAAUGCAAUCAAGUGGAUCAAACAGGGAUCAGAGGCUGAGCUACUUGUUGAACAACAACAGCAACAACAACAAACACCACCAGCUAUUCGAUCGCCUCUCUCAGAGAAACUCACUACGGAACCGUACCCAAAAUCGCCUCUGCGCUUCAGCUCCAACAGUGGAAGCCAUGUUCUGCCUCCACUCAAGUUCCACGCUGGCCUCCUCGCACCUCAUAGCUUGGUAGCUUCUUGUCUAAGCAGCGACACUGAUAAUGAAUAUGAUGAUAACGAGAGUGUAGCUUCAGUUUCUGAUGAAGGUUCAGCUGCCAAUUACUUCGAUGAAGAGACAAAACCGAUGGAGCAGUACUACGAAGAAGAAGAGUUGUUUGGUUACAAGAACAAGUCUAGCACAGGGUUGAAUAGAGGGUUGUUGAAGGAGGGUCUGAGGAUUGAAUUGCCUGGAAAUUGCAGGAGAUUUACGGAUGGUGAAGUGGGUUUCAAGAAUAGAUGUGCCCCGAAGACUUCGACCCCAUGUGCUGGCAAUCAGCUUCUGAAAAGGGCUCAACUUCGUAAUUUCAAUCAGGGUACUACCCCAAGUGGUGAUGAAUGUAGUAUGCUCAGAGAUUCAGCAGACUUGGGAACUCCAAGUGCGCCUCCCAUUUUUGAAAUUGCAAGGGACGAGAAGGGCUUUGAGGUUGAGAGUCAAGGUCAAGAAGCUUGUCAAGGGUUGACAGAGAGCAAUGGAGCUGAAAAUUGGACUUGCCCAUCAAGGGGAUCAAUGGGUUUUGAUGGGAGUGUAGACGCUUUAGCAGAUUUGGAUACUAGUUCUUUCAAAGCUUCUGAACUUGGUGACAGAGCCAACAAAAGCAUAGAUGGAGAGACAGAAACAAGAAUCCCUUCUUUGCAAGCCAGCCAAUUAGACCAUUCAGCUUAUUAUAAUACCAGUGGCCAAUAUGCCUGGCAAACCUUGAUUGCACACGAGGCAUGUAUACGCUUAUGCCUACAAGCAUGGGCAAGAGGCUGCACUGAGGCACCCGAAUUUCUACGAGAUGAGUGCCUGGCUCUUCGGAAUGCCUUUGGGCUAAACACAUUUUUGUUGCAACCCCGGGGUGUGCAACCAGUAGAAGCAAAGACGAGUAGGAAUGCAGACCAAAUUUUUCCUCCGAAGGCAAAGAAGGUGGUUGGAAAGAUAAGAGUUGAAGUGAGGAAACUUCGAGUAAUACCAAGAAGGAAACUGAAGAGCACAUAUUCACAGAGAGGUGCAAUGUACAUACAAGCAGGGGCAGAAUAUGUUCGACAUGUUUCAUCACUAGUAAAAACUGGCAUAAGUUCUUUAAAGUCGUCAUCAUUAUCAGUUACAACAGAAGAGACACUUUCCUGCAUAUUCCAACUUAGUAGUGCCACUGAAGACACUGAAGUAGAGUCAAGUUCAGCAAUUUGCUUGCGCCCCGGAAGUGGUGAUUACCAUGUGUUUUUCCCAGAGAGUCAAGUGGAUGCUCUGAUGGUGGAAGUUCAAGACACGAAAAAAUCAGUCCAAGGUCGAACCACAAUUCCUAUUUCAUCCUUGACUGAUACCACAAAUGAUAAAGUUCGGUGGUGGCCUUUAUACCAUGAUGAUCAAGAAUGCAUUGGGAAGAUUCAGCUCAAUAUUGGUAGCACGAUCACAAAUGAUGAAGCUAAUCAUAUAAAGAGUGGACCAGUUGCAGAGACUCUAGCCUAUGAUUUGUUGCUGGAGGCUGCUAUGCGGGCACAAAACUUUCAUUCCCGGAACUUAUGGUUAAGUGGACCUUGGAAGUGGUUGUUGACCGAAUUUGCAGACUACUAUGAAGUUUCCAAGUCAUACACAAAGUUGAGAUAUCUUUCACAUGUCAUGAAUGUGGCAACUCCGACAAAGGAUUGCUUGGAGCUUGUGAAUGAAUUACUUGUACCUAUACUAAAGGCCAGGAGUGAAAAAUGUUUGACUAGGCAGGAGAAAAGUAUACUGUUAGAUUGUGAAACACAAAUUGAAAGUCUUUUAGCAAAUGUUUUUGAAAACUACAAAUCAUUAGAUGAAGGCUCUACUACAGGGUUCGCAGUCUUGUUUGGUCCAACUCCAGAGUCUGCAGCACCAGCUCUAGCUCCUGCUGUACAGGUCUACAUUCUCCUUCAUGAUAUCCUCACGCUAGAUGCCCAAACUAUGCUGCGCAACUAUUUGCAGACAGCGGCAAAAAAGAGGUACCGGAAACACACGCUGGAGACCGAUGAGUUUGUGUCAACAAACUCUGAAGGUUUCCUUAUGGACUCCAUAUCCAUCUCAACAGCAUUUUUGAAAAUGAAGAAUUUGUGUAUAAAUAUACAAAGGGAAAUUCAGGCAGACAUCAAGAUCCACAAUCAGCAUGUACUCCCCAGUUCAAUUGACCUCUCGAAUAUAGCUGCUGCUAUUUACAGCACUGAGUUGUGCAACAGGCUUCGAGCUUUCCUUGCUGCCUUGCCUCCAUCUGGUCCACAGCCACAUGUAAAUGAGCUUUUAAUUGCAAUUGCUGAAUUUGAAAGGAACCUUGAAUCAUGGAAUAUCAGUCCAGUGCAGGGUGGUGUAGACUCAAAAAAUCUGUUUCACAAUUAUAUAAUGGUCUGGGUACAGGAUAUGCAACUUAACUUACUUGAACUUUGCAAGGCAGAAAAGGUGCCAUGGUCUGGGGUGUCAACAAAUCAUUCCACGUCACCAUUUGCUGAGGAAAUGUAUGAGAACAUUAGAGAGACCCUUAUACAAUAUGAAGUGGUACUCAAUCGAUGGCCUCAAUACUCAUUGAUUUUGGAACAGGCUGUUGCCAAUGUCGAAAGAGCAAUCAUAAAAGCACUGGAGAAGCAAUAUAAUGAUAUCUUGACUCCAUUGAAAGAUGGUAUCCAAAAGAGGCUCAAUAUGCAGGUCCAGAAGCUGACAAGACGACAAUCAAUGGCAAUCUACGCUGUUCCUAAUCAACUCGGAAUUUUUUUAAACACCCUGAAGAGAAUUCUUGAUGUCCUUCAUUGUAAAGUAGAAGACAUCUUAAAGCCUUGGGCCUCCUAUCUUCCUGACUUGGGAGAUAACAAGAAGUCGCUGUUCGGGGAGCAGAUGAAUGGAAUCACAGUCCUCUUGAGGACAAAAUACAAAAAUUACCUGCAGGCAACAGUAGGGAAGCUCAUUAGCAAUGUGCAAGCUAACCGUAACACAAGGCUCAAAAGGAUUCUAGAGGAAACAAAGGAAGAAGAUGGAGAGGCUGAGGUCCGUGAAAGAAUGCAUGCACUGAGUUCACAGCUUGUAGACUCCAUCUCCAACUUGCAUGAGGUUUUUUCAAGUAAAAUAUUUAUUGCAAUUUGUCGUGGAUUCUGGGAUAGAAUGGGACAGAUCGUUUUGAAAUUCCUUGAAGGCAGGAAGGAAAACCGAGUCUGGUAUAACGGAUCCUAUUAUGCUCUUGGGAUAUUGGACGAUACCUUUGCUUCCCAAAUGCAGCGAUUACAAGGCAAUGCUCUGCAAGAGAAAGAUCUAGAGCCCCCUCGUUCAGUGAUCGAAGCCCGAUCAAUUCUUUGCAGGGAUACAGAAAAUGCUACAGAUGCAUCUACCUACUUCUAUGUUUAGAAGGAUGCUUGAGCUAGUGCAGAUUUCCCAUGUUCAUCUUGGAGUUCAUCAGGAUUGUCAACAUUUGCA